AUGUCUUCAGAAUAUAUAAAUUCUCAUUUAACGAAUGUUCACAACCAAUUUCUUUCCGGACAUCCGCUGAAUCUUUCACAUUCUCUUGAGUAUGGAAACAAUUCUCAUUUGAUUGAUUUACAACUGAUGAAUGUUCUGACGAAUCCUUCAAACUCUCCAUGGAAAAAAAUAUCAUUUGAUUUAUCCACGUUUGACGAAUGCUCACAACCAAAUUCUUUCUGGAGGUCCAAUGAAUCUUUCGAAUGUGGAAACAAUUCUCAUUUGAUUAAUUCACAUUUGACGAAUGCUCACAAACAAUUUCCUCCGAGGAACCCUUCAAACUCUCCUUCUGAAUGUGCAAACAAUUCAUGUUGA